AUGGCGGCUCGCAUUGCGAACGAAGUGAUACAAUCGCCAUUUCCGGACUUUGACGUUGGGAACAAAUGUGUUUCUGAACUCAUAGAAGGACGCUUGAAGAAGCUAUCACACAAGGUGAUCAUUGUUGACGCCUACCAAAGUUUGACCGCCUCGCAGUUGUUAAAAAAAAUACGUAAAUACGCUGUAGGCUUUUAUCAAUACGGUGUUAAACCGGGGACCAAGGUGUGUGUGUAUGUUGACAACACCGUUGAAAAUGUAGCCGCGGCAUUUGGUGUUAUGUUUGCGGGCGGGACGCUCGUCAUGGCGAAGACGUGGAAAGGAUUGUUCGCCGUAGGAGGUGCGCCUGGUUUCAUCGACAUUCUCCUUUUCCAAGAUCUUCCUGAUGCGUCCUUCAAACCCCACGUGCCCACAGAGACCGAGAAAGAAGUUGUGGUCAUUCUGUACACGUCAGGGUCAACGGGUCUCCCGAAGGGUGUGGAAAUAUCGCACAAAGCGUAUUGUGCCUCGUUCUACGCAUACAGGUACCUGAUGAUGGAAGGGAACAUCUAUAUCUGUUUUGAAAACAAGAGUAAAGUUCUGUCUUCUAAAAUUUGCACCAAAGACGAUGUUUUCUUGGACUGGAAUCCCUUCACCCAUGUGUCGGGUUUCGCGGUAGCCAUGUUUUCUAUGCUUUUAGGUGCAAAGACUGUCAUCACGGAUCCCUUGAUUUCGUACGAAGAUUUUCUGAAAACUCUCAAAACCUUUAAGGUUACAGACCUAGUCAGCGGAGAGUCUCUCGGCCCAUAUCAAAAUGGUGAAAUCGAAAUUCACACACCAUCCAUUAUGAAAGGCUACUAUGGGCGUCCUGAAGCUACCGCUGAAGCUGUGAACUCUGGCGGCUGGUACCGUACAGGUGAUUUCGGCUACUACGACACUGAAGGACGGAUUCAUGUCAUCGAGAGAAUGAAAGAAAUGAUAAAAUGCAUGGACAAUGUGGUCGCCCCUGCUGAGCUGGAAGAUAUUUUAUUGACCCAUAAGUCUGUCGCAGAGGUCACAGUUGUGGGUAUUCCGAAUCCAAAGUAUGGCGAGGCUCCAACAGCUUGUGUCGUUCUUAAAGAUUGCUUCAAGGGAAACCUCGAGAGCCUGGCGACAGAGUUGAAGGAGCUCAUAGCAGGGCAAGCAGCAGUCUUCAAGCAUCUGUACGGAGGAGUUGUUUUUCUGAAAUACCUUCCCAAGUUUGAUAACGGAAAGGUUAGGAGACAAGAACUCAAGACGAAGGUCGCUCAUGAAAAGGAAAUGUGGAAAUAA